CCGUGCCGCGCCGGCAGCCGCUGCCCCGGCGCGAUGUGCGGGGGGAUGGCGGCGAAGGGGCCGGGCGGGCCGCGGUGGUGGCAGAACCGGCGGGCGCGGCUGCUGUGCAUGCUGGCGCUCACCUUCCUCUUCUUCGUAGUGGAGGUCGUGGUGAGCCGGGUCACGUCGUCGCUGGCCAUGCUCUCCGACUCCUUCCACAUGCUCUCCGAUGUCAUGGCCCUGGUCGUGGCGCUGGUGGCCGUGCGCUUCGCCCAGCGCACCCGCGCCACCAAGAAGAACACCUUCGGGUGGGUGCGGGCCGAGGUGAUGGGCGCCCUCGUCAACGCCGUCUUCCUCACCGCCCUCUGCUUCACCAUCCUGCUGGAGGCCAUCGAGCGCUUCACGGAGCCCCACGAGAUCCAGCAGCCGCUGGUGGUCAUCGGCGUGGGGGUGGCGGGGCUCAUCAUCAACCUGCUGGGGCUCUGCCUCUUCAACCACCACGGCGUUGGGGGCCACGGCCACUCCCACGGCCACGGGCACUCGCACAGCGGCAGGCAGCACCCCCGCAGCGGCCCCAAGGCCGAGCAGCAACCUGGGGACGGGGAGGCUGCGCUGCACCGGGAAGAGACCAGCACCUUAGUGGAGAACUGCAGCAGCUCCAACGGAGUCGGCCAGGAGAAGCUGGGCGACAUGAAAGACGACAUGGCUGACCUACAAGUGAAUGGCAACGCUGGCCAUUAUCCUCUGGAUGUCGAGGAGGUUGAAGAAGACUCCAGUGCACAGCUUAACAUGCGUGGAGUUUUUCUGCAUGUUUUUGGAGAUGCCUUAGGUUCAGUGAUUGUGGUAGUGAAUGCCUUGCUCUUUUAUGGGUUGUGGAAUCCAUGCCCCAAAGAUAGGCCCUGCUUUAAUCCAUGUGUCAAUAAUCAUUGCAUGGAAAAUGCUACUUUAUCCCAAACACUUGGCAGAGCAAACGGGUCUGAGGCAGAGAGCAUUCCGGUGGCUGGUCCAUGCUGGUUGCUAUAUUUAGAUCCCGUCCUUUGUCUGAUAAUGGUUUGUAUCCUCCUUUACACAACUUACCCGUUACUUAGGGAGUCGGCCCUUAUACUUCUACAGACUGUUCCCAAACAAAUAGAUGUUCAUUCUCUGAACUCCAAAUUGCGUACCCUUGAAGGAGUUGAAGCAGUCCACGAGCUACACAUCUGGCAGCUAGCAGGCAGUAGGAUCAUUGGCACCGCUCACAUAAAGUGUCCCGACCCCUCCACGUACAUGAUGGUGGCCAAGCGCAUCAAGGAGAUUUUUCACGACGAGGGGAUUCACGCAACCACCAUUCAGCCCGAGUUUGCUAGCGUUGGCUCUGAGUCUGGGAGAGGGAAAUGCGAGUUCCCUUGCAGGACUCAGUGUGCUUUGAAGCAAUGUUGCGGAACAGGAGAAGAUAGUACUGCAAAGAAGACAGAAAAAUCUUCGUCACUUAGCAUUUCCUGUUCAGAAGUUGUCAUCGACUUUCCGAAAGCCAGGAGGACUAAGUCGGAGAGCAUCCCUUCGGUUAAGCUAGCGGCCAACAUCGAUCAGAACGAGCAGUUUGAGUCAUCUUUGUAACUCCCCAGAUGGUGCUGAACACCUGAGCUUUGGGUGACUUUCACAACAGCUAUAUUGCAAGAGGAAGAGACAGACGUUUGAGACGCAAUUUUGCCAAGUAGUGUAAUUGCUGAAGUCCUUGUUCUUGUCAUAUUUGCUAAAUCUAGAAUGCUUGUUUUAAAGAAACAUAAUGUCACUGUCAUGAUACAAUGUGUUUGUGUUGACUUUGUACUGAGACAGACAGAAAGUGCAGGGAUGCUGUAACAACUUCAGAAAACCGGUUUCACCAUUUCGGCAGAGACACUUUUUGCUAUGCUUUCAAAUGAAAAUAUUUGUUUUUUUCCGGUGAAAAGGUAUUUGAGACGUAAGCACGUAGGAACUCAAUUUGUGUUACAGAUCUCUUGGACCUACUUUUUCCUUUAAUAUUUGAUUUGUAGAUAUUUUAAUAUAUUGUUUAUCGAGAAGCCCUUAGGAAACCAAAGUUCACAGAACGUUUUUUAAGAUAUAACUACUUAAAACUGGAAACUACUUCGAAGUUUCACGUAUUUUUUUUCCUUAAACCUAUAGAAUAAUAAAUGUGAAAGCUUUUCUAAUGAAUUUCUUGUGGAGCAUAUUUUAAAGAGAAUGUCAUGUGAUUGUUAGAAACUGUCCCCACUUUUUUUCUGGCGAGGUAGCGAGGUAAUUAAAAUCAACUGCUUGCGAAAAUAUCAGAUGUGAAAGGGUUGAGUUUUUGGCUUUUUUUAAAUCAGAGUGGAAGUUCAAGCUGCUGUGUACUGCUCUGUGAUCAAGACGUGAGACUGACCGAUAAAGUAACGCAUACUUCAUAUUUUGUGGAUUUUCUGGUGUUUUUCCUCGUUUCUAAGUUGGGUCUGGUCUUAAAAGUCUUUGAAGUUUAAAGAGUCCUUGACAGUGCUAUGAAUGAAGAGCUAGCGCUUCAUUUUUGUUUUAACAGAUGUUCAGUCUACCAAGAUAAAAGAAUUAGCUAUGUCAGUAAGUGCUCUGUUUCCCAAGCACCGAAGGGGUAACUCAUGCUUCGUAGCAUAGAUAGUGGCCUCCAUUACAAGUAAUUCAGUGGUGCAUUUUGCUUGUAGUUGGAUGUGUCUGUAAGCACUUGUGGUGACCACAGUCUGGUCCCACCAUAUCCUCAGGAGCCUUCCACUGACGUCUGAGGACGUGGGGCAGGGAGUAGGAUUUCAUUCACUGUGUUUCACACUUUGAGAUAUUUAUGUGUCACAUAAUUUCACUUAUUAAGUAUCUGAAUCUAUGAUUUAAAAUGUUAAUUCAGUUAAUUGACAACUGGCACUCAAGAAGCUGUUACAGGAUGCUGCCAGCUUAACACCUUAACAAAGGAGAAACGAGUCUCUGGGCUCUGUGAAUUUGACAGAGAUGAAGUGAGAGUUGAGGUAAAACAUGCAAUAAGUCUAAUCAAAAACAUGACCUUUUGGAUCCACCCUGAAGUUAUGCAUGGGAAACAGUGUCUUGUGAUUUGACUGCUCUUAUGCUCAAAACUGGAAAACAACUCAGAUCUUCCAUUGUUUGGUUGUGACUCUGGACAUGAUAAACAUUCUGCCUCUGUUUCCCUGUCUGAAAAUGGGGAUAAUACCUACCUCACAGGGAUGUUGUGAGGCUUAACUCUUGUGUGAAGAGUGCUGAGAUCUGUUACUGGAAGGCACUGGAAGAAGCAUAUCAUACUAAAUUGCAUGGUAUUUACUUCUUCUAAAAAUGCGUUUGCAAUACCUGGGUACAACAGAGGGAACUGACGAUGAUUUUGGCCUUACGGAAUUCUUUGAUGCUGUGGUUUUCAGGUUUUUAACAGUAUUUACUUGUAGGUUAUUAUUAUUUUUUAAAGAAUGUUUUGUUAGUGAAGGGAAUGUAGCUUUGCCUCCGGAUGCAGAAAACCUCGCUGGUUUGCAUUUCUAAUAUGUGUCUCAUACGAUAAUCACUCUGAAGUGGUUCAAAAUAGCCUGCUGCCCAUCAGACCUGGAUUGGCCCGUCAUGUCAGUGGUCUCACUUAACUUCUCAGCAGAGUGUUGCAGUCAACUCUUGAUUAGCCAUGGGUGGGUUAUCAGUGUCGUAGAUGAGCUGUGCAGUUCACAGGGCCAGACAAGCGCUGUGGUGCGUGCCGAUGGGUUGGCCAAAUGCUACGUGCCAAAGCAUUGGAGAAGCAGAGGAGCUCAGUGAGGUGUCACGUGAGCCCCCUCUCAGAGGAGGAUUUGUGAGCUUGGGUGCAGCAUUGUGCCGUUAUUUUGCCUCUUGGCUGCUCGGAUCCACCUGCCGGAAGCUGCGGGGUGUGGAUGGGUCAGUUCAGCUCCGCACCUGCUUGGGGAUGUUGGUGCUUCACAGCAGUCAGCAUCUGUCACCUUUUUCUGUGUUUAUGCUCAUUGUAUAGUCUCGUAAACUAACUUAAAUAUGUUAAUACAGUAUUUAUAUAUGGUUUUGUUUUGUCUGAAUUAUCUUAACUCUUUCUUCUGUUACCUGUAUAUGAUCUAGAGUUGACAAAUGAGAUCUUGUAUGAGACUACGUUUGCAAAAUAUGCUACCACUGCUAGUAUACUACAGAGUAUUAGCCAAGGAAAUUUGGAAAUGAACAAAGUACUAUUUUUUUGGAAACGUGUAUCCUCGCUUUUUAUGGUAAACUUUCACUAAUUGUUUCGCUCACUAGUUUAAAAUUGGUCUCAGUCAUUUGUAUGAAUCGUUGGGGUCCUGCUGUAUGUCACAAAUGCGCCAUGGAACUACUGCUCAAUAGUUUCUUUUUCAAAACAGAAACAACCCAGGACAAACCUUAGUAGCACUGAGAAGCCUGACUGAGAAGCUUCUCUCCCAUUGCUCUUCUAAAAUGAGAGCAACAAUUAAGCCUUGACACCGUUGGUUAACAGUCUCGGUAAAUGCAUCUGAAUAGAUGGAGUUGUAGUCACCAAUUCCAUUGUAACUAUUUAAUCUUUUUUGUGUGUGUGUGUGUACCAGAAGUCAUAUUUUUCUAUUUCUGUGUCCAUUGCAGGCAAUGGCUAGCUUAAAAGACAAAAAUCUCUCCCCCACGUUAUUUUUUAUUACCAGGACAGGAUGCAGAUGUGACGACGAUGAUGAUGAUGGGGUCAGAGGGGAGAGUUGCGGGGCCUCUUGCUCGUGUGUCGCGCUGCCUCUGCAGCACCAGCUGGUGUUAGCAGGGCCCUUUAGUCUCUAGCCCUUAAUGGUGAAUUUCCUUAAAGCAGAAAGUCAGGUCAAGGUUGGUGGCUGCACAGUAGCAGGAACACAAUUUUUGUGUUUGUUCUGGCUGUAUGAGACUCGACCUGCUAACUUGUGGGCUAGCUUGAUUAUUGUUUUCUUUAACCUGAUCUUUGUGUGGUUACACAGACUUGAUUUGUUCUGAAGAACACUGUUCCAGAAUACUGGGAGCGUUCAAAAACACUGCACAGUCUCUCUCUUUUUUUUCUUUUCUUUUUUUUUUUCCACAAAGCAUGAAACUAGUGAAUCUCAUGUCAGUGAACACUGCAGUGGUGGGGAGCUAAUUGUAUUGUGUAUCACAUUCCUGAAUUUUUAAAAUAAAAAAAAAUAUGGAACACUGAUUUUAAGGAAAAAGAAGUUUGU